AUGGUCCGAGGUACAGCAGCAGGUGCCGAGUACGAGAUCGCGAGUCGCAGCGGAGCGGUCUCUAUUCCGCAACACUGCGAAGGCAUCCGUAUCGCGAACGGUUUCAGGGAAUUGUACCCAUCGCGUCGCGGAUUGGCGCGUGGCCGAGGCCGAGGCCGAAUCCGAGUCUCGGCGGGGCCCACCGGCGACGACUGGUGUUUGGACAACUCGGACCUGGGCGGCAACACAUGGAGCCCGGAGGCGUCGGCAGAGCUUUCCGGCCGGGAGGUCGGUCAGCAGCGAUGCGGGACGACGCAUGGGGAGAGCCCGUCCGAAGGAGAGCGCGGGCGCGGGGUGGGCCGGGCGGGCGGGGGGAAGGCGCCGGCGGGUUUAAAAAGUGCAAAUCAAAGCGGGGGGAGGCGGAGGCCCAGCAGCGGAGCGGGGGAGGGCGCGGGGAAGCGGGGCGAGCGCUGA